AUGAAAUUAGAUAUUAAUUGUUGUGAAGAUGAUGAUAUUAUGAAUCAAUUCUCCGAAAAUGGAUCACUCAUCUUCCAGGGUUUUAGAUUGAACGAAAAAGGAAUCAAAUAUCAUAAGCAAUGCAAAAAAGAUUAAAAAUAACAAAACAUAACUCUUAAUGAUUUUCAACUAGUCACCAAAUUGGGAUAAGGAGGUUUUGGUAGCGUCGAAAAGGUCUAACUCAAAGGAACUCAAGAGAUGUAUGCAUUGAAAAAAAUUAAAUUUCUAUCUGAUACUAAUCAAGAAAAGUUAUUGACAAGAGAAUUGGAUGCUUUAAUCUCUUGUGAAUCCGAUUUCAUAGUAUAAUGUUAUGGUGCAUUCUAUUCUCAAGGAUAUAUUUGCAUUUGGCUUGAGUAUAUGGAUUUAGGCUCCUUGGACAGAUUACUGCAAAAGGAUGGACUUAUCAAGGAGCCCAUGAUGAUGAUGAUCACUUAUAAAAUACUAUAAGGAUUGGAUUACUUGCAUUAUAAACACAAAAUUAUCCAUAGAGACAUCAAACCACAUAAUAUAUUGAUUAAUUCUGAGGGAAAUGUAAAAAUUGCAGAUUUUGGUAUUUGCUAAACAGUGUCAACUGGAUAAUAUUUGAAUACUUAUAUUGGCACAGCCAUCUAUAUGUCACCUGAGAGAUUGCAAUCCAUGAAUUAUGGAAUGGAUGCCGAUAUUUGGAGUUUAGGUAUCAUGCUCAUAGAAUGUUUGAGUGGACAGCAUCCCUUUAAGAAAAAGGAUUACUCGUAGAUUUAAUAAAUGAAACAGAUCAUGGAGUUUGACGUCGAAUAAUAUCUUUAAGAAUAUAAUUGGUUACCUGAAACCAAGGAGAUUAUUUAGAAAUGUUUGCAUAAGGAUCCUAAAUAAAGACCAACCGUUAAGGAAUUAUUGCAAAGUAAACCUAUGCAAAUGGCCAAAAAUAUCAACGAAUAAGUAUUUCAUUAAUGGUUAAAGUUAAAAUUCAAGUAAUGA